UAAAUAUUCCUACCAACCCCACAUCUCAGCCAUUGAAAGUUUAGAACCCUAGAAAAAACCCUAAUCCUCUAAAAUCCCCAAUCUCACAAUUCCUACCACCAACAUCAACCACAAAAAAUGGCCAAAAAGAAAGUGACCCUCCAACCCAAUGACACCAAAGAAGAAACCCAUCACUCCAAAACCCACCACAUUACCCACAAAGCCGCCGCCGCCGCCAUGGACGAGCCGUCCGAGAAGCUCGAGAACCUCAAGUCGCUGAACUCUCUGCUGCUCAAGGAGACCAAGGACCGCCGGCAGCAGGUGGAGUCGCUGGUGCAGGCCAAGGCGGGUUUGGAGUCCGAGCUUAGUCGGUUCCGAGUGGAGAGUGAGUCGCUUGUGAGCGAGUUGAGUGAGAAGAGCGAGGAAAAUGUUGGGUUGGAGUUGGAGAAGAGUGUUUAUGGUGUUUUUGUUCUGGCCCAGAUGGGGCAAAUGAUGAGAGAGAGAGUUGAGAUUGAGAGGGCGAUGAGUGAGAGAGAUGGUGAGAUUGUGGAGUUGAAGAGGGAAGUGGAGGAGCUUGCGGGUGGACUCGAAAUCGAGAAGGGGAAGCUGAGCAGAGUGUGCUGGGAGAGGGAUUGUGUGAAGAGGGAUUUCGGUGGCCUCUCGGAGGAGGCGAAUGGGUUGAAGUUGAAAGUGGUGGAAAUGGAAAAGAAGGAGAGGGUUUUCGGGGAGGAAUUCGAGAAGCUGCAAGUGCAUUGCAAUGGGUUGGUACAGGACAAGGCUGGGAAGGAGAGGGAGGUUGAGAUUGCAAUGAGAGAGAAGGAGUUGGCUGAGAUGAAGCGCGAUGAGUCGGAGAGAGUGAUCGAUGAUUUGAAGAGGGAGAUUAAAAGGGUUGUGAUGGAAAAGAAUGAGAUUGAGAAGGAAAAGAGCGGGCAUGAAGCGAGGAUUUUUCAAUUGGAGAAUGAAGCGGGGCAGUUGAGUAAGAUCGAAUUGGGUUUGAGGAAGGAGAAUGCAGUGUUGCAUGUGAAGGUUUUGGAGUUGGAGAAGAUUGUUGAGGAGGCUAUGGGGAAGGGAGAGGUGUUGGAGAGGGAGAUUAAGGUUUUGGGGGAAGAGAAGAGGGAGAAAGAGCAGAGUUUCGAGAAGUUGACUGAGGAAGUGAAAUCACAGAAGGAACUUUUGGAUAUGGUUACUGAGGAACUGAAGAAAAAGGAGGAAAGAAUCAAGGAAAUCGAGCUAAAGAAGAAUGAGAUCAAGGAGGCAAAAGUGAAGCAAGAGAAGGAAAUUGCUGAGUUGACAAGUCAAGUGAAAGAAGAAAGGGAUUUUGUUUCUACAUUGCGAAAUUCAUGCAACGAGCAGAAGGAGAAGAAUGCGCAGUUGGUUUCUGAAGUUAGUCGAUAUAAAGAUGCUCUUGAUCGUGUUACGGAGGAGAAGGCAGAGGCUCUGAAGAAUUUGGAUGGGGAGAAGAAGAAAGUGGAAGACUUAAUGCUGACCAUUUCGGGGAGGGAGAAGACAAUCAAAGAAAUCGAGAAAGAGUUGGAGAAACUGAGGAGUGUGCAAGAGAACGUUGCUGAGAAAAAUAAGGCCAUGGAGAGCCGAUUGGAAACAUUGGUGAAGGAAAAAGAUGUGCUGCAGAAGAACCUUGUUGAGGCUCAGAGGAAAAUUCGUGAUUGGGAGGCUAAAUUUGAGUCAGAAGGAACCAAAAUGGAGCUUGCUUUGACUCUGCUGAAGAACACUGCAGCACGUGUAUCCUUGAAGUCCGAAGGCAAGGAAGAAGUGGCUACCAAUGAUCUCAAGGUUGGCGAAGAAAUUAAGCCAUAUGCUGCGGAGUUGGAUGCCAUACAGACUGCUUUCAGAAACAAGGAGAAGAUGGUUGGAGACUUGCAGAAACAACUCGAGUCUAUGCAGAAGUCAUCCGAGGCACAGAAGAAGAAGAGUUUCUGGACCUUGAUCUCAUCAGCGACAACCCUUAUUGCUGCAGCAUCUUUUGCAUAUGUUUCCAAAGCGCGCUGAGUGGCUCGGUUUGCUAGUCAGUUUUGUUCUUGGAUCAACCUGUCAAGGGCUACUUGACGGCACGACCCCUUUCAACUUCUAAUCUAGAUAAUAAUGUUUUUGGUGCAGAAAUAGGUCUCGAUGGGAUACUUUGAUAUGCUGUGCUCUUUUUCUACAUGAAGGAAUAUGAAUAUCUAAUCUUGUUCUUCAUGUC